CACUUUGCCCUGAGAGGGCGGCCCGGGCGGGAUGGCGGGCGGCGGAGGCGGCGGGCCGGGGCGGGCGUCGGGUGGCUGAUGGAGUCGCUGGCCGCCUACGUGUACAAGGCGGCGAGCGAGGGCCGGGUGCUGACGCUGGCCGCGCUGCUGCUCAACCGCUCGGAGGCCGAGAGCCGCCGGCUGCUGGCGCAGGUGAGCCCGGGGCCGGGCGGCGGGGUCGGGGGCGGCCAGCGGGCCACGCCGCUGAUCGCCGCCGCCCGCAACGGCCACGCCAAGGUGGUGCGGCUGCUGCUCGACCAUUACCGGGUGGAGACCGAGCAGACGGGCACCGUCCGCUUCGACGGCUACGUGAUCGACGGCGCCACGGCGCUGUGGUGCGCGGCGGGCGCCGGGCACCUGGACGUGGUGCGGCUGCUGGUGGCCGCCGGCGCCAACGUCAACCACACCACGGCCACCAACUCCACGCCGCUCCGCGCCGCCUGCUUCGACGGCCGCCUCGACAUCGUGCGCUUCCUGGUGGAGAACCGCGCCGACAUCCGCAUCGCCAACAAGUACGACAACACCUGCCUGAUGAUCGCCGCCUACAAGGGGCACAGUCAGGUGGUCAGGUAUCUGUUGGAGCAGCACGCCGAUCCCAAUGCCAAGGCGCAAUGUGGGGCCACUGCACUACAUUUCGCGGCUGAGGCUGGCCACCUGGAGAUCGUGAGGGAGCUGGUGAAGUGGCGGGCUACCAUGGUGGUGAAUGGCCACGGCAUGACCCCACUGAAGGUGGCAGCCGAGAGCUGCAAGGCUGACGUGGUGGAGCUCCUGCUGUCCCACGUCGACUGUGACCGCGAGAGCCGUAUCGAGGCACUGGAGUUGCUGGGUGCCUCCUUUGCCAAUGACCGGGAGAACUAUGACAUCGAGAAGACCUACCACUACCUGUACCUGGCCAUGCUGGAGCGGUACCGCGACGCUGACCAUCCGAUGGAGAAGGUCACCCUCCCUUCCAUCGAGGCCUACAGUGGACGCACAGAGAGCAGGACCCCGCAGGAGCUGGAAGCCAUCCGGCAGGACAGGGAUGCCCUUCAUAUGGAAGGGCUGAUAGUCCGUGAGCGGAUUCUGGGCUCUGACAACAUUGACGUUUCGCACCCCAUCAUCUACAGGGGGGCUGUGUAUGCAGAUAGCAUGGAGUUUGAACAGUGCAUCAAGUUGUGGCUCCAUGCCCUGCACUUGAGGCAGAAAGGCAAUCGCAACACCCAUAAAGACCUGCUUCGCUUUGCCCAAGUCUUCUCUCAGAUGAUACACUUGAACGAGCCCGUGAAGCCCAGAGACAUCGAGAAUGUAUUGAAGUGCAGUGUGCUGGAGAUAGAAAGGGGUCUGUCGCGAAUCAAAAACCCAUCGGAGAUGGAUGUCCAAACGGCUAUGGACAAUUGUGAGUCGAACAUCUUUACCUUCUUGUAUCUGGUCUGCAUUUCCACCAAAACCCAGUGCAAUGAGGAGGAGCGGGCGCGCAUCAACAAGCAAAUCUACAGACUGGUUCACCUGGAUCCGCGGACCCGGCACGGCUCCAGCCUGCUGCACCUGGCGGUGAACUCUGGCACACCGGUGGAUGAUUUCCACACCAGCGAUGUGUGCAGCUUCCCCAGCGCGCAGGUCACCAAACUGCUGCUGGACUGUGGCGCUGACAUGAACGCAGUGGACAAGGACGGCAACGGGCCCCUGCACAUCAUUGUGCAGUACAACCGACCCAUCAGCGACUUCCUCACCCUGCACGCCAUCAUCAUCAGCCUGGUGGAGGCUGGAGCCCAUGCUGACAUGACCAACAAGCAGAAGAAGACCCCAUUGGACAAGAGUACAACCGGUGUGUCUGAAAUCCUCCUCAAGACUCAGAUGAAGAUGAGCCUGAAGUGCCUGGCUGCCCGAGCAGUGAGACUUCACAACAUCAGUUACAAAAAUGUGAAAGGCCCACAACUCACGAAGGAACGUAGGGGCGAGGGAGGUUGUGAAAAUCUUUCACACAGGCGUACCAACAGUUGGAACACUUCAGCUUUCAGUGUAAUGAGUCUGAUGAGUGUUGGCUUGAGGCUUAAAUUGAUUCCACACUGCACAUGUUCUGGAGUCCCGUGUGUAGAUCUCUUGGCAUGUUUGGUGACUUUAAAUCUUUUGUGUAGGGUGGGUGGGGGCGAGGGAACCAAAGAAAAUCCCCUCACCACAAACACCAAUGGAAUAAAAUCACAUUUUGCCUCAGUUGUUGCUUUUAUCAAUUCUCUCCCACACCCACAGAUUUUGUCAUCUUGCCGGCUCUGGUCACCAGGGUAAAUCCUGGUUGCUGGUUUUCAUUUUGAGGAGAAAAAGUUAAGGUUGCUCAGAAGUGCAGUAAAAAAAAGUGGCCUCGUGUUGCUUCACUUCUCUCAAUUGCUUGUGAGAACAUAUCAAUCAAAGUAAUCUUGGUACUUUUUUGAAAGUAAUAUGUUCAAAAGGAGCUUUAUGCCUGGACUGUGGAUACAAUUUUGACAGUGAAAACAAAACUACCUGGAGAGAAUUGAAUAGCAGUUAAAUAUGGGAUGCUUUACUUUUUAUUACUUGAAUGUUCCUGUUAACUUAGAACAAAAAGAGACUUGCAAAAGGUGCUACAACAAUGCAUCCUUUUUGGAUGUCAUAAAGUGCUUUUCGGCCAACGAAGUACAUUUGAAGUGUAGUCACUCUUUUGUGGCAGCCAGUUUCUGCACUGCAGGCACCAACAAAUAGUAACGCAAUGAUGACUUCAUAAUGGGAAAGAUGCGGCCCACAGGUGUGGGGCUCCUCACACUCUGGGCCGUUCUUGGGACUUCAGAAAUGAUGAAAACAUUGAGAAAAGUUAUCAAACAGCAAUAGAACUGAACUAUUGGUGGGUGGGAGAAGGAAUUGUGUUCCCUUGACACUGGGAUCACUUUGGUAGAUCAGAUCAAAGUUGUUGGUUUUUGGAAAAGAUUUGAAGGUGUCAAAUAUUUUCUCAAAUUUGGACUAUUAAGCACACUCAUUUUUGUGGUUUUUAAGUUUUUCCAGGAAAUAUUUGUCCUUUUUUCAUUCAUUCAUUCAUUCAUGGGAUAUGGAUUUUGAUAUUGCUGAUAAGGCCAGCAUUUAUUGUUUGUUCCCUGGUUGGACCCUGUACUGAGGAGACAGUUAAGAGUCAAUUGUGCUCCUGAGUCCAGACAGGGUAAGAGUGACAGAUUUCCAUCCCUGAAGACUAUUAGCCAACCAGAUGCCUUUUUUGACAGUCUAGUAGUUUCAUAGUCACUGUUACUGCUACCAGAUUUUUUUUUAAAUACUGGAUUUAUUUAAUGACUUGAAUUUGCAUUCUUCAGCUGCUGAUGGUGGAAUUUGUAUUUGUUUCUCUGGAUGCUUGUCACGUAACUCAACUGCUGAGCUUCUGUGCUCGCCAAACCUGCCAAAAACCCUACUGUUGUUGGGCUUGUUAUCAUUGCCAACAGAAAAUUGCACAGAAAGUCGAUCUGUUAGAAUUACUGGCACACUGGAAUAGGAUCUUUUUGCACAGCAGGAGGCCAAUCAGUGCAUUGUGAUCUUUGAAAUUGUUGUCCAAUUAAUUCCAUUUCUCAAUCCCUUCUCCCUCCCUCCCACAUAAAGAGCUCCUUGGACAUUGUUAAACUUUUGGUUUAAAGACAGCUUUGAUCCCAAUCGUGUAAGAGAAGGAGAAUUAAAAUUAUGUUUUAUAUAAGUAUCUAGGUUAGACAGUUUUGAAUUUCCUGAUAUAUUUGUAAAAGCAGCCUUUUAAAAUAAUAAAAAGUUAGGCAUCAAAUAUCUAAAAUGAUCAUUGCUUUUUUUCUGCUGCAGUCUGGUUAAUGGAAAUGCCAGUACAGCACGGUCAUCAAGCUUGUUAAUAGGUUUUCUGCCAAAUGCAGUAGGCAGAAAGGUCCAUGCUUUUAUAUCAAUGCUUUUACCUAAUACCCUUAGAGCUGCUUGCAGCAAUUAAAAUUGUUAUUACCACAAAUGAUGGGCCUGCAUUUGGCAGGAGUUGCAUUGUUCAGAGCGCUCUCUCCAAUUACACAAUCUAAAGGAGAAUUUUUUUUACUUAAGGUGUUCUUGCUGGGGUUAGUUAAUAUCUGCAGCCCCUACUGAACUGGUCAUUUUUGUGCCUGUUAGCUGACUGGCUGUUUCACUGUACGGAGACUGUCUAGUGUAUGCACACGUGGUGCAUAUACACUCUUCCACAGACACCUUCGGCAACACUCCCUCAUGGAAUCUGACCUAUACUUCUACCAGUCAGAUAUCUAGUGACUAGAUACACUAACCUCCCGACUCUACCAUGCUUCCUCAGUAUGGAUAGCUCAAAGGUAUCCUAGGGCAUCAAGCUGGUGGGUGUGCACAUUCACUCACUGUUGUUAUUGAUACUAUCAUCCAAGACUUCAGCAAUAUGUACAAGCUUGGGAACCCAAAAUUAAGUUAACUGCCAACUCGAGUACAGAGUGGGGAUGGGGUGGGUGUGGCUACAAAGGCAAAUGAUUAAUAUUGCUCAUUUACAUUUCAAUUAGUGUAAAUGAUUUUUGCAAUUUUAAAAAAAACUCAAUUAAAGUGGCAAUCUAAAGAAUGCUUACUUGCAUGAGAUACUGUUAGAUUCAAUUAGGGCCACCAGUGUGAGCCUGACAUUGAUUCAUUAUGUCUCUACAAAACGCCCUCCUUAAAUGUCAUUCCUUUGGCAGUUCGUAACCAACACAUAGAGGGAGCCUGGAUUUGUAGUUCCCUUCAAAGCAGUGUGUUAAAUUAUUCAGAGCAAAAUUCAGCAUUACCACUAAAUGCCUUAACAAUGGGAACAAUACUGGUAGGAGGAUGAAAAAAAAGUUCUAUGUCACUUUUCUGACAAAGGUCCCUGUUAGUCUUUCUGCUUUUUAACUCUUGACAUUUGAAUUUCUGAUUUACAAGAGUUGAGUUUUUGUAGGGCAGCAUUUUAAAAAAUAUAAACACUGAUUACCUGACUGAAUUGCAGCUUUAUGUGACAGUUUGUAAGUUAAGAACAUGGGCCCUUUCACUAGCAUGGUCCAUGCAAGAAAUGAUCCUAAAUUUUUUAAUGACGAGAGUUAGUGACCAUCAAUAUGCCAGUAGGUGCAUAAUCUAUCUGUAUGUAUUAAGUUGAAAUGCCAUGGCACUUUGCACUAUUAUUCCUCAGGAUGUACAACCUUGUGAACUUGUUCACCCACAAUUCCCAAGAUGGGGAUUUAAUUGUCCCUAAAAAUUUAAAUUAGUUGCAAAAUUAGAUUUAUUACUGGAUUUUUAGACACGCCUUUUAUGUCCUGAAUUCCCACACUACUGUUUUUUGGAAAAAGCGGGGGAAUUAUGUAACAGAAGAAUUCAUUCUUGUAUCUUGUAAAAUGUGACUGUUUUGUUUAAAUAAAACUAUAAUGUACACUGAAAACAAACAUCAGGAUUUGCUUUCAAUAAAAGUCAAGAUAGUGAUUGUGUAGUCUUGUCCGGCAUGACUUUGUGGCACGAAAUGUGGUUUGUAAUUGAGAAGCAGGAAGUGGUCAUUCAGUCCUGUAAGGCCAUUCUGCCAGUAAUCCAAAUUUCUGGUGAUCACCUCCAGCUUGGUGGCAUCUACCCACCUCGAUUUCCAAUCCAAGCGUACCUAAAACCAUCAAUCACGUUUAACAUUUUCAAUCAAUCCUAGUCCCUGCCUGCUUUUGAGAUGUUCAUCCUGAACAUCUGUUAGAUUAUCUCUCAAAUCUUCUUUUCUCAGGAGCUGUGAAUUGAAUGUUUGCAUGGAAUGUUCUAAGACAUCGGAGUGGCU